AUGGCUGUGGACGACUUCUCGUGUUGCGAUACCGACGCCUUUGUGCUUCCCGCCACCUCACUCUACCCCGUAAAGAUCCCUAUUGCUCACUACCAGCUGCGGCAUUACAUCAGCUCCCCGGAACAGGACCUCAUCUACUACGCUAGCGGCACCGAAGUCUACUGCCUAAAUGUCGCCGCCAAAACCCAAGUACAUCUGACCACGCUGCCUUGGGAGGCUCGCUGUACCGCUUCUGGCCAUGGUUAUGUGUGCGUAGCAGGCGCGGACCAUGGCAACUUUGCGGCCAUCAAGGUCAAGAGGUUCCCGCCUUCAGGCUCCACAGAUGUGGACGCCUCGUUACCUCUCGGCUUCGCCAGUCGCGCAACGACACAUUGCCCUCCGACAACUCUUGUUACAGCGGAACGAGUUAGGCUUGAAAAGAUAGGGGAAGACAUUGUCAAUUCCAUCUCCAUCCACGAAUACAUGCUUGGAGGGAACAGGCCGAAGGACGUGGUUGCGGUCCUGACGAAUAAUGACAAGACCGUACGCAUAUACUCCCUCACCAGAGGUCUGGAAAUCACAGUGCUUGAUCUUCCUUUUCCUAUGAACCAUGGCACCAUCUCUCCUGACGGGCAGCUCUUGGUGGCGGUCGGUGAUCGGAGCAUCGCAUUCUUUUUCCAGAAAAGCAAACCACCGAAAUCCGGAUCCACGAGAUGCCAUGUCAGUGGAGACAUUGAACCCCAAUGGUCACUUCUUCAGGAGGUUCGCCUCUACGUUCCGCCGGCCUCACUCAAUGAAGGAUAUUUCACCACAGCGUGGUCACCCUCAGGGCGUCUGUGCGCCGUUGGAUCCGAGUGUGGCUACAUUAGCGUAUUCGAUGUGGAACUGCUCAAAAUUUGCGAAUUCCCGGAGGAUUCGGUGGUUCAAAAGCUCAGCUCCACCCGGCCCGAUGUGCACAACGGACCAGGCUCGGUACGGACCAUGCAGUUCUCUCCUGCCCCAUGGGAUUUAUUGAUCUGGAGCGAAGACCAGGCCCGUGUAUGCGUGGCUGACUUGCGAUCCAACCUCAAGGUUAAACAGGUGCUCACGCUGGAUCCCAAACAGGAUGGGCUUGAGCGGUUAGAUGUUUCCGACUUUGACACGUCGCUCAUGCCCGAACUCGAGGCGUUGCAACGAGAAGCCGAAUUUCUAAGGAGAUAUCAUCUGACUCUGGACAAUGAAGGGGCGGCGGCUGCUGUCAACUUCGCGGCGGAAUACAUUGCAGCCUCUACAGAACGACGCCGGCUACAUCGACGGCUGGGCGUCGUGGAUUCUGAUGACGACCCGCAUGGGCUUACUGCUGAAGAACGCCAGAUUAUAGACGCUCUUCGGAGCACAAGAGAAAGAGAAGCGGGUACCGAGACUGGGAUUGCACCACGUAGUAUCCAUUACCGCAGUUCGAGCCCAGGACUAGCACAACUACUACCGCAGCCACCGCAGGUCAAUUCCCAUUCUGAGGGGGAGGAGUCAGCUUCCAGGAGGGCCAACGAGGACCGGUUGCUUGCGCAAAUCAACGUGCUGGCUCGGCGGUCCCCGCAGCAUGAUCUACUGAGGCUUCCGACCAGCGCUACGGAGCCGUCGAGGACGACCAGUACACAUGAUGGUUCCGGGCAGGGCUCGCCCAAUUUGAUAUCGACUCACCUCCGAAGACUAGAGGCGCAGAUGGUGUCUUCGACGGAUGAGGCAUGGCGCACCAUCGAAGAAGCACUGGCUCGCACAGUUCGGGGCGGCGAUUCUACGGGGCGUAGCGCUGCUGCUGCCGCUGCGGAUGUUCGAACUGAACGGCGUGUCCGGCAACUGACACAAAUGCGCGAACGGCUACGGAGUGUGCGUCAGGCUGACGAGCCUUUCGAGAGCUUCCUGCAAGUUUCCUAUCGUGCUGGCACCCGCAGUUCGCACGAUCCCGCCAACGGGCUGAGGACGGCAGGACUCGCCAUGAGCCAGGACGGGCGCACACUGUACUGUGGGACGACAGAGGGCAUCUUCGAGUUCCCCAUCAAUGUGCAGGAGAGGCGAAGCUUCCCCGCCGUGAAGCCCCGGUGA